UUAAUAACAUUUGUUUCACACCUUACCCUUCCUUAACAUCUAUACUUUCUUCCUCAAUUUGCUGAUCUUGUCACAUCUCAGGAAACUGAUUUAUCCACCUGGAUCCUCCUCUUCACUAAAUACUCAACAGGUGGAAAUCUAGAUCAAAAAGAUAAUUUCUUUUUUGGAUAUCUGAUUCUUAAAAAAUUUCCCCAUUUUUGUUUAUCCAUUGCAGAAUUCUGAGAUGGAAUAUUUCCAGAAAGCCAAAUCCGUCAGGUUAAGGAGCCACCACGAGAAAUUCUUAUUAGCUGAUCCUGAUCAAGAAACCGUAUACCAAGAUCGCACUGGAUCUUCAAGGAGUGCUAAAUGGACUGUUGAAUUCCCUGAAGGAUUCGACAAUGUUGUCCGAUUAAAGAGUUGUUAUGGCAAAUACUUAACAGCCUCAGAUGAACAAUUUCUCUUUGGUGUAACGGGUCAAAAAGUUGUACAAAGUUUGCCUAAUAAAUUGGAUUCAUCAGUUGAGUGGGAACCAAUGAAAGAAGAAGGUUCCCUUGUAAAGCUGAAAACUAGAUAUGGGAAUUAUUUAAGGGCAAAUAGUGGAUUACCACCUUGGAGAAAUUCAGUUACACAUGAUAUACCUCAUAGGCAUCAAGAUUGGAUCUUAUGGGAAGUUGAUACUGUUGAGUUAUUGCCAGCUGAAUCGCCUGAAAGCAUUUCGAGAUCAGAAUCAGUGGGUGAUGAUUUGAGCUCAUCUUUUCAUCUUACCACUGCUAAAUUUUCCAGGACUAAGUCCACAGUGAAGUCUGAAGGUCGGCUAAUCUAUUAUCAUGUGGCGGAUGAAAAUGGAAAUGCGAAUGAUUCAGUGGAAGGGCCUUCUUUUCAGUUCAAAGGUCAUGGAUUAGAGGAACUGACUCAAAAGUUGGAGGAAGAAACAGGUCUGGAGAAUAUUAUUGUUUGUUCGCGGAACAAAUUUAAUGGAAAUUUAUAUCCUCUUCGUUUAGCAUUACCUCCAAACAAUGCAACUAUGCAUGUUGUUGUAAUACCUGCAUCGUCUAAAGUGGCAAAAGAACUGAUGGCAGAUGUUCCCACUUCCAAAUGGUCGGUGGUGAAGACUCUAUCGUGAAACGUUAUGCUUGCCAACUAGAAAGUAAAUUCAAAAUCAUUUCCAGGAUUGUGCCUAGCAUUUCUUUCUUUUUUUGGCUGUAUUUAGGUUUUAGCAAUGGUGAUGCAACCAAGAGAUAGUAUGUUUGCCGCUUCCAAUUGAGAGCGUUAUUUAUUUGUUGAGAGUUGACAAAUGCAACUCUCCUUGCUUGUAUAUUUUGGUUACUCAUCUUUUGGAGUCGAGUUGAAAUAUCCAGUCUUUUCACUUGCAGUAA